AUGGAUCAAACUAAAAAAUUUACUUGGGCUGACGAAAGCGAAGAAGAACUAUCUGAAAGCGAAGAGCCUUUCGAAGUAAAGAUAGAACCGACAAUAUCCAAAGAAAAGGCUAUAGAGAAACACCCUUACAGCAAACUUGCCUACAAAAUAAAAGAAACAAAGCCCCCUUAUACUUUCAAGCUAACCAAUAUAAACUACAAUGCUAGUGAAAAAUGAGAAAUUUAUGAUUUCUUAGGUCUAAGAUUUUCUGAAGCAAAGCUAGAACUGCUGACAAGCAGGAAUAGGUUCAAUGGUAUCGUUAUAGCUACUGCUUAUAGCCAAGCAAUAGGGAUUAAAAUUGCUAAAAGACAUGACGAAGAGUUUAGGGGAAGAAGGGUAAAAAUCAGUUUAGAAGAAAAUGGAUGUAAGAUAAGUGAGCCUGAUAAAUUUAUUGCUCCAAACCCUAAACCAUUAAUAAGAUCUAAAAUUGAAGCAUCCGAAAAUAACAGAACGGAAAAUCAGAAAAUUGAGAUUAUAAAAGAUAGAAAAAUAGUAAUUGCACCUGAUCGGUCUAGGCAAGAAAAUGUUGAGCAUCCUGAAUCGAUUCGCAAAGGUGAGAAAGUUGCAGUGAAGAUGCAUUCAUUGAAUACUGGGCAGAAUAUGCAGACUGAAUAUAAGAGGAAUCCUUUCGGCAAUGCUCGGCCAAUUGAUCGGCUAGAAAAAGAUUUGAGAUUUGAUCAAGAGCACUUGCUUGUGACUUCAUCAACUGAUAUAAGCAAAGCCUAUAAGUAGCCCGAUAUGUUCUUAGGGAUUAAACCCACUAUUCAGUUGGUCGGACCAACUCAGGUUGGUCAAGCCAGCUCUUAAAGAGGCUAUUAGCCUCUUAUGGUCCAUUCCAGCAGCUCAGCCAACCUAAGCUGACUGAAAAACUUGAGAGAGGAGCUCCAUCCUAAGUUCUUAUUAGGCUAUUAAUAAGCUUUGCUUAUAGCUCUUUAUCACAUCCUAGAGAUGAAAAACUUGAAUACCAAAUAUACCCAGAAAAUUCUUCUAAAAUCACCAUGCAUGAUAACAAAACAAAAAACAUUGAUUUUUUUGAUAAGAAUAAAGAGUCUAACGGAAAUAAUUCCAAGUCAACUGAAGAGAAUAAUGAGAGCAAUAAUGCUUUGAAAGAAAAUAAAAAGCCUAAAGCUAACCCCUUUGGAUCCGCAAAGCCUGUUGAUACUCUUUCAAAAGAUAUCGAAUUCGAAAAAACAAUCAUUGAAAGGGCAUCUCAUGCUCAAGAAAAAAACUUGCAUAGCUUUAAGCAUUCUGCAUUUCAUACAAGGAAAAAUGAUCCUGAUCAGAAAGUUCAUUUACAGGGCAAAUCUAAACCUAUAAAAGAGUUCACUCACAAUAAUUAA